UUGAAUGUGCUUUUUUCCAAAUAGGUGAUAGUUUCAACAACUUGUCUAUUGUUUUUAAAAUUGCGCCGUGUACGAUUGGUAAAAUAAUCACUGACGUUUGUGAAGCUAUUUACAACAUACUAAAAGAAGAUUAUUUGAAGACCCCUUCAACUGUGGAAGAAUGGUAUAAAAUUGCUGAUAGCUUUUGGGAGAAGUGGAAUUUUAUGAAUUGUAUGGGUGCUUUGGAUGGAAAGCAUAUAAAUAUAAUAAAACCUGACAGAAGCGGAAGUGAAUAUUAUAAUUACAAGGGUCAUUGCAGUAUUGUUUUGAUGGCAUUAGCUGAUGCUAAUUAUUGUUUCACCUAUGUUACUAUUGGCGCUAAAGGUUCUGGUUCAAAUGGUGGUGUUUUUAAUGAAUGUAAAUUUUACGAAAAGUUGCAAAACAAUCAGUUGAAUAUUCCACCAAAUCGCCCAUUAUUGAAUAUAGAAAAAGAAAUUCCGUUUGUUAUUGUUGCUGAUGAUGCGAUGAUGCCAGAAAGAAUUUUUAACUAUCGAUUAUCACGUGCUAGACGCAUUAUUGAAAAUGCUUUUGGUAUAGCGUCAGCUAGAUUCAGAUGUUUGAGAACAACAAUGAACUUUUCACCACAAAAAUUACAAGCAUAGUAUCGGCUGUAUGUGUUUUACACAAUUUUUGCAUGAGACGGACACAAAAUCUUUAUUCACCAACAUCGUAUGCUGAUGCAGAAGAAAACGGUGUAUUAAUUCCUGGUAACUGGCGUUUGGAAUCACCAGAAGAACUAAUUUCUCUAGCUCCAGUUCAAACACAAAACGCAACAAAUGAAGCAAAAGAGAUUCAAAAGGAAAUAACAGAAUUUUUUGUUACUCAAGCAGGUGAAGUUCCAUUUCAAUACCGAAUUUGUGGAUAUAAUAAUUAAUUGAAUCAAAUAAUUUUGUUUAGACUUUAGAGAAUAUAAUAAAAAUAAAGCGAUAAAUUCUUACCAAAUUAUCUAUAGGUCCGGCUUUUGUCAUUUCAUUAUACAAAAAGGAAAGGUUUUUUGUAAAUCUCCAUUCUUUUUGAGUGCCACCUGCACUACCACUUUUUGGAAGUUUUUUAUAAAUUUUCUGGUAUAUUUGCUUCAUGCUUCGGAACCUCAGCUUUGCUUCUUCACCAGUGCAGUCUAAUUGUUUACCCAUUUCUUCAUAUAAACGUGAUUUUGCAUUUAUAUCCAUAUACUGGGCAUCACUUCUUUUCCACAUCAUAGGAUUUUCUUCAUGCAAUUCGAACAAUUUGAUGUAUUUUUCUUCACUCCAUUUCUAUAAACAAAAUAUAUACCAAAGCAAUGAUAAAUACAAACUAGACAAAGAAAAUAAAAAAUUUCUAUAAUAAUACUCACACCAAUAUCACAUAAUUUUACUUUAUUUUUUGCUGAAUCCAUCGCA